UUAUUGUGAAUAAAAGAGAAGGAAUAUUUUGCGAGGUUGUUAACAGUUGUAAUUUUUGUUGGAUAGGAACGCAUACCUUGGGUUUAAAAAUGUCUGCACCCGUAUCGAACCAAACCAAAAGAAAGUUACCCACUACUGUUCAAAUGGUUAAUGAAGCCCUGUUACAAUCAGACCAACGCAAAGGAACAACUUUGCGCUCUAUAUACACAUAUAUAGAGGAAAAGUAUUCCCUAGACCUAAGUAAACGGAGAGUAAACUUUGCUAAGAAGCAUCUUGUGGCCUUAAUGGAAUCAAAAGAACUUACAAACUUAACAGCAACAGGUCUACGGGGGCACUUUAAACUUACAAAUAAGAAAAGUUUCGAAAGAAGCGUCAAUGUUCGAUCUAAACGAAAGAAAAAACAACUGCCGGCUGUGUCAGCUACAGCUUUACAAGAUCCCUUGCCCCCUAGCCAAGUUUACGAAUUGGAAGAACGAAUUCCAGCUCCUGGCAAGAGAAAGAAACAUUUAAAUGUACUACCGCCGCCACAACUUCCAACACUUAGAAAAAGGCCACCUGCACCCAUACCAACUCCAACACAAAAUGAGGCUAUUACAUUAGAAGAAUGUAUUCCACCUCCCAGUAGUCAAGUAUAUGAAUACACAGAAGAAGUGCCUGUUAUUAGACGCAAACCAGGCAAAUCAAAAAACCUGAAUGUACUAAAAAAUAGAAUUUUACAACGAAAUUUUCAAAGAGAAUUAGAUAGCCCAAUGGUGCCCAUUAGGGCAUCAACGCCUAUUGAAAGACUUCGUUUCCCACUUGCUCCUCGUAAAUCAAAAUCUGCAAGUCGGUCACCAACCGUAGCAGACGUUGAAAUGACACCGCGUACUUCAUUGUCAGAUAAAAGAAAGCGGUUGCGACGUAUUCAAAAUACACCAGAUUUGCUGCAUGAUCUGAGUUCAAGUUGAACUCGUUAUUUUAGUUAAGAAAAAAAUAAAAUAUUCCAUCUAUGGCA